AUGAUGUUCUGUUGUGACCCGUCGUUUGUCGUGGUUCCUACUAGAUUCCCAAUGUCCGUGUUUAAUACGAUCGAGCAGCAGCGCGAUGUGGUUACCUUGAGUGCAAUGACCCCGACGCUUUGGCUAACUGCCAAUCAUCGAUCGCAUCGUGGUGGUCUGGUCGUUGUCGCAAACGGCGAAGAGGUCGCGAGGGUUGUGCAGGGACGCAGAGUGGCGACGAUUGGACGCCGUGCGCGGGGAGAGGGGACACCGUGCCAACCGACCCACCGACCGCAGCCGACCAGCGAGCGUCCUGAUAUGUAA